GGGCCCGUAGUCUCCAGCGCCCGCCUCCCGCACCCACCGGCCGGAGGACCAGGCGCCCGCCGCUGCCGGCUUCCCGGCGUGCCCAUGAUCACCCUGUGCCUUUCGGCUGUGCGAGGCCUCCACAGAGCUGGUGGUUCCAGGAUUCUGCUGAGAAUGACGUUGGGAAGAGAGGUAGCGUCUCCUCUUCAGGCUGCGUCUUCCUACACAGCCGCUGGCAGGAACAUUCUGAGAUGGGACCUUUCUCCAGAGCAGAUCAAGACAAGGACAGAAGAGCUCAUCACACAGACCAAGCAGGUGUACGAUGCUGUGGGGACAAUCGACCUGAAAGAAGUAACUUACGAGAACUGUUUGCAGGUGCUAGCCGAUGUAGAAGUGAAGUAUAUAGUGGAAAGGACCAUGCUGGACUUCCCUCAGCACGUGUCAUCUGAUAGAGAAGUGCGGGCCGCCAGCACAGAGGCAGACAAAAGGCUUUCUCGUUUUGAUAUCGAGAUGAGCAUGAGAGAAGAUGUAUUUCAGAGAAUUGUUCAUUUAUACGAAAACUGUGAUUUGGAGAAGAUAACGCCCGAAGCCAGGCGAUACUUGGAAAAGUCAAUUAAAAUGGGAAAAAGGAAUGGACUCCAUCUUUCAGAGCAAAUAAGAAAUGAAAUCAAAUCAAUGAAGAAAAGAAUGAGUGAACUCUGCAUUGACUUCAACAAAAACCUCAACGAGGAUGACACUUUCCUUGUGUUUUCCAAAGCUGAACUUGGUGCUCUUCCCGACGACUUCAUUGACAGUUUAGAAAAAACAGAUGAUGACAAGUACAAAGUUACCUUAAAGUAUCCCCACUAUUUUCCUGUCAUGAAGAAAUGCUGCAUCCCCGAAACGAGAAGGAAGAUGGAAAUGGCUUUUCAUACAAGGUGCAAGCAGGAGAACACUGCCAUUCUACAACAGCUCCUCCCGCUGCGAGCACAAGUGGCCAGACUUCUCGGCUAUAACACCCACGCCGACUUUGUCCUUGAACUGAACACUGCAAAGAGCACAAGCCAUGUGGCAGCCUUUCUAGAUGAUUUAAGCCAGAAACUGAAACCCUUGGGUGAGGCAGAACGGGAGUUUAUUUUGAACUUGAAGAAGAAGGAAUGUGAAGAGCGAGGUUUUGAAUAUGAUGGAAAGAUCAAUGCGUGGGAUCUCCAUUACUACAUGACACAGACAGAGGAGCUCAAGUACUCCGUGGACCAGGAGUUCCUCAAGGAGUACUUCCCCAUCGAGGUGGUCACCGACGGCUUGCUGAGCAUCUACCAGGAGUUGCUGGGACUUUCAUUUGAGCAAGUGGCGGAUGCUCAUGUUUGGAAUAAGAGCGUUUCACUUUACACUGUGAAGGAUAAGGCUACUGGAGAAGUGCUGGGACAGUUCUACCUGGACCUUUAUCCAAGGGAAGGAAAGUACAACCACGCAGCCUGCUUUGGCCUCCAGCCGGGCUGCCUUCUCCCCGAUGGCAGCCGGAUGAUGUCUGUGGCCGCCCUGGUGGUCAACUUCUCACAGCCCGCAGCAGGCAGGCCCUCUCUCCUGCGACACGACGAGGUGCGGACUUUCUUCCAUGAGUUCGGUCACGUCAUGCAUCAGGUCUGUGCACAGACUGACUUUGCACGAUUUAGUGGAACAAAUGUGGAAACUGACUUUGUAGAGGUGCCGUCACAAAUGCUUGAAAAUUGGGUGUGGGACGUCGAGUCACUUCGGAAACUGUCAAGGCAUUAUAAGGAUGGAAGUGUCAUCACAGAUGACCUGCUUGAGAAGCUGGUUGCUUCUAGACUGGUCAACACAGGUCUCCUGACGCUUCGCCAAAUUGUCUUGAGCAAAGUUGAUCAGUCCCUCCAUACCAAUGCGUCUCUGGAUGCUUCAAGUGAAUAUGCUAAAUACUGCACAGAAAUUCUCGGAGUUGCGGCUACGCCAGGCACAAAUAUGCCAGCUACUUUUGGACAUUUGGCAGGAGGCUAUGAUGGCCAAUAUUAUGGAUAUCUUUGGAGUGAAGUCUUUUCCAUGGACAUGUUUCACAGCUGUUUUAAAAGAGAAGGGAUCAUGAAUCCAGAGGUUGGAAUGAAGUACAGAAACCUAAUCCUGAAACCUGGGGGAUCUCUGGACGGCAUGGACAUGCUCCAGAAUUUCUUGCAACGUGAGCCAAACCAAAAAGCAUUUCUAAUGAGUCGGGGCCUGAAUGCUUCCUAGACCCCGGAUCCUGGGAGCCAUCCAUGUCUGGAGGACAAAUCAACCCGCCAUGUGGUGCUAGCCUGGAGACCGAAGGCAGUUUUACAAAUGAAAACUUAGAUUUCUAUUGAUUUGCUUUUGUUUUUCAAUUUUAAAAAUUAUACAGCUGUAAAUGCAAUUAUAAAUACUGUGACCUAAGAAAAGACCCACUAAAAAUAAUUGUACUAUAAAAUUUCAUAAAAUGGAUUUGAUUUCUUUUGAUAAAAGUUUCAUAUGAAUGUAAUUUGAUUUUUUUACUAUUAUAAUCUAGAUAAUAUAAUGUAAGAGGGCUAAGAA